UCUAACGGGGCAGGCCCAGAGACGAGCUCGCCCAGGUGAUCAGCUCCAGUUAAGGGUGGCGAGCCGUACUUACGGUACUUAAGGGCACGAUCUAACGGUACCGGGGCCGAGACAGACCCGCUAACGGGCUCAGAUGGACCACUAACCGCCGGACUGUCCACUUUGAGCCGGUGGGAGGUGUCGGGGACUCUUUGGCGCGAACUUUUGCAGCAACAGCUGUUUUGGGCGGGGUUUAAACAUAUCCAUACAAGGAAUGAAAAUGACUAGUAACGAAGGUUGGCCCGAAGCCUUUGGCUUCCGGAUCGAGGGAAAUGUGCCAUGUUACAUCGUCGCCGUGUCCGACAAGAGCCUCGCCCAACAGGCGGGGCUCCAGCCCGGCGACCAGAUCGUCGAACUCGACGGACACGAUGUCACCAUGAUGUCGCGGGAGGGCAUCAUGGCGCUUGCGAAACACUGCGAGCAAGUACCCCCCAGCUUGGGCGUGAUCUCGAGAAUCCGACAUUUAGAACUUGUGCCAGACCUAAAGGGAAACUACGGAGUUCUGUUUCGCGGCACGGGUCCGGUCUACGUGCAAGGUGUCGCAAAAAGUAGUCCCGCUGUACAUGUUGGACUUAAACCAGGAGACAUGCUCUUAGAAAUCAACGGGGUCUCGAUACGACACAUGGACGCGGCCAACCGGAUGAUUCGAAACGGACGCGACGUGCUGCGGUUAGCGAUCAUUCCCGGACAGGGCGGGAAGCAGGGCGUGAGUGCGCCACCAGCCGUGAUGCAGUCACCACGAGAGCCCGGAACUAGGAGUGACCGGAGCAUCAGAAAACACAAUAAAGCUGUCAACUUCUUUACAAAGGUGAAUGUGGUGCUAGAAGAAGACCCUGAAAGGAAGGAAGAGUUGAUGCAGUUGUUACGGGACUAUGCCACAGACAAGAACGUGGAAACGUUCGGCACGGCGUUGGCCUUCUUACUCACCAAGCCUGCACAUAGGAAACUGCUCAGCGACAUUAGGAUAUUUGUCCCCCAGCGGCACCGCGGCAGGUUUGACUACCUGGUGUCCCAGGACAUGUUGACCCUGCGGAGGGAGGUCAUCCGCGAGCUGGAGCAGCGCGGGAGGGACAACAAACCCUCCUGGGACUCGUCCACGGUCUCCUCCCGGGGUUCCAGCAGGGGGUCGUCUCGCCCGUCCAUCCUCCCCUCCCCACAGAAGGAAAGGAAGUUGUCUUGGAAAACAAGGACUGUUGUUGUAGAAAAGGGACAGGCCAGUUUUGGGUUUGUUCUGCGAGGUCACUCACCUGUCUACAUCGAGAGCAUUGAGCCAGGGAGUGCAUCGGACAGAGCAGGGUUGAAGGUGGGAGACCAUCUUCUUAGGCUGAAUGGGCUGGAUGUCAGCUCUGCCACUCAUAAGAAAGUCAUCACACUACUACAGGGCAGUGGCAGUAAGCCUACACUGGUGGUGGGAGUGAAGAAAGGACAAGAGAGAAAAUCGAGUGACGACAGGAAGAGCAUCUCGUCUGCGUCAUCGCUGCCAGCGCGUCUGUCAUCCGGGAAUCGCUCACCGAGCGUUUUGUCGCUCUCGUCCGUCACGUCUUCCCUGUCCUCACAGCAGGUGACUGAGAUUGUCAGGGAUGGCAGGACUUUCAAACAACAGAUGGAACACCUGCUGACCCCUUCUGAGAAGCACCAAAUCAAAGCCAGCUUGAAGAGAUACAAGGACACCAGGAAUGCUGACAGAUUGAUCCAGGAGGUCUACCCAGUGCUGGACACCCCAGCUAAGGAGAAACUGUGGGGUUACAUCAUCCGACUACUGCCUACUGAAGAACAACAUGUCUUCAGCAGUAAGGUUCUUACUGUCAAGACUAGUCAGAUACCAGAUAAACAUGACACUAACGAGGAUGAAAACGGGUACUCUGAUCAGGCCGACGAUGAUUCACACGCUAGUGAAUCCAUUCACUUCAACACCACUGACGAUGACUCAUUUUCGCACAUUGAAGAAGCUGCUGAUCUGUUGGUCAACAAGUCACUUGACCUCCCAAUUGAAAGGUCAGAGGGAGAUGGUACAUCUAUGCAGGGCUCCCCUGCCCACAAGAAACUUGGACCAGUCCAGAGUGAAAAGACAAACUCAGUUGAUAUGGACAAACCAAACCAAUCCCUAUCUGGGGGUGUUACAGCAAUAGAGGCAAACCAAGAGGAAAGCAGACCAAACCACUUUGUUGAGAGGGAUGAACAGGCUACUGAAUACAGGCGACCUUAUGAAACGGACAAAUAUGGUCAUGGACUAGACCAACAACAUCCAAACAGGGGGCAUGAUGAUGAUGAUAAUGUAUUUGUAAGAGGGAAUGGAACAGACCACUACAGAGAUAGGGGUGUUUACAGUGAUCAUGCCAACAGGACUGUUGACGGACCAGACCAACAGCAAAAGAGGUAUGGACACCGUAGGCAGAGUUCUGAGCCAAUUCAGUAUUAUGAAAAUGGAAUCCAACAUUUACCCGAAAGAGGUGGAAGUUUCAGAAGAUCAAACCAUUCUCACCGUAGGGAAGCUUCUAUGGAUUUCGGAUACGAUCGCAAGGACAGACCAAACCAUUACGACGACAGGGAGAGACAGGAUCAUGUUGGGUACAGGCAUCCUGAUGGACUAGACUAUUACGAUGAUAGGGUUGGUCAGGACAGCUACAGGCACAGGCAAUAUGAUGGAUCUGAUCACUAUCAAGACAGGGGUGGACAAGUGGAUUAUAGGUACUCGAAUGGACCAGACAACUAUCAAAGCAGGGGUGAUGACUAUAAUGAUAGGUAUAUCCAACCUGAUAGGCCAGAGUAUUAUCAGGAUGGGCAUGACCAAUAUGACCCCCCAUAUGGCCAACAAAAUGGACCAGUCUAUCAUGAUGAUAGUGGCUAUCAAGAUGACUAUAGGCAACACAAUGGAACAGACUACUAUGAAAGCAGGGGUGAUCAGGACCAAAGGUACAGGCAGUACAAUGGAGUGGACCAGUAUUCGAACAGGGGAGAUGAAGAUGACUACAGGUACAGGAGGCAGGGUGGAUCAGACUAUUAUGAAGAUAGGGGUGAUCAGGACUACUAUGAUGACAGACAGCCAAGACGGACAGACUACUAUGAAGAAAGGGGUGGUCAGGAUCACUAUGGCUACAGGAGUGAGGGACAAUAUGGCUAUGAUGAUGAUCACUACCCAGGGGACAUCCCUCCCCCACCCCCAGGCCCUGCCCCACAGUUCACCAGGCAGCCGCAGCCGCUCUACCCCCCUGAGGAGAUGACGGCGGAGGCCAUGAUGAGUCGGCUGGCCCUCGCUGGGUCCGAUCUCAACAAGGCAGACGAUCAAAACCAGGGUAUCACACAAGGGUACCAGCCAAGUGUCACACCAGGGUACCAGCCAAGUGUCACACCAGGGUACCAGCCAAGUGUCACACCAGGGUACCAGCAAGGUGUCACACCAGGGUACCACCAGGGUAUCACACCAGGGUACCAGCCGGGUGUCACACCAGGAUACCAGCAGGGUGUCAUACCAGAGCACCAACAGGGUAUCACACCAGGGUACCAGCAGGAUGCUAGACCAGCAUACCAGCAGGGUAUCACACCAGGGUACCAGGAGGGUAUCACACCAGAGUACCAACAGGGUAUCUUGCCAGGGUACCAGCAGGGUAUCACACCAGGGUACCAGCAGGGUAUCACACCAGGGUACCAGCAGGGUGUCACGCCAGGGUACCAAGGAGAAGUACCAGUUCAGCAAAAUAUACCUGAUCCAGGUGUUGCUCACGGGCCACCUUUACACAGACCAACUGAAAGUGUUAGUUCAUCAGAUGUGCAAUAUGAUACCACACUGGGAGAGUCCACAUCGUCUAUACCGUUGCCCCCCCCACCGCCCCCCUCCCCGCUAGACCUAAAUGCAAGUACGUCAAGCAUUCCAAUGCCUCCUCCCCUUCCACCUGGAAAAGCUCCUGGUCCGAGGAUGAACAUGAACGUGAAGAGGAUGAACUGGGAGAAACUGGAGGGAGAGAAGGUCAAGAACACCAUCUGGGGACAGAUUGGGGGAGAUGAAUAUCUGCAGGAAGUGGUGAAAGUGAUGGAACUGGAGCAUCGUUUCAGCAUGAAGACCAAGGAUAAUUCAGAUGAAGAAGACGACUUUGAUGCACCUGUGGCACAGAAGAAGAAGAAAGUUGUUACUAUCCUACCUCACAAGAAAGCCUACAACAUUGCCAUAGUUCUGGGCCACCUGAAGAUGUCCCAUGCAGAGAUCAGACAGGCGGUGCUACAGAUGGACGACUCACGGGUGUCCCCCUCCCACCUGAAACAGCUGCUGGUCUACGCAGCUGAAGAUGAAGAGAUUGAGAAGUUUGAGAAGUACAUCGGAGUUUUGUCGGCUCUGAAUGAAUCUGACCGCUUUGCAUAUGAGAUGAACAAGAUACCUGGCUACAAGACAAGGUUAAAGGCCAUGAUCUUCAAGGCUAAUUUUGCUGAGAAGACAGAAGAGCUAAGACAGCAUAUAGAUGCUAUAUCCAGAGCAUCAUGGGAACUAAAAAACAGCCAAAAGCUGGCCAAGAUUCUUCAGCUUGUACUGGCCAUGGGAAACUAUCUGAACGAGGGAAACAUCCGAGUGGCAAAGGCUUCUGGUUUCAGAGUGUCCUUCCUUAGAGAGCUGGACACAACCAAGACGUCUGACAAGAAGUCCACUUUUCUCCACAUCUUGGCCAAUGCAGUUUCCACCAACUUCUCACAGUACUUGGCCUUCUCUAAGGAACUACCAACAGUGCCUUUAGCUGCAAAAGUGUCCAACUGGCUUGUGGAACAAGAUCUACUGGAACUGGAGUCAGUGUUGGUUGAUUAUGAGGAGAUUUCAGAAACUGCAAAAAUGCUGGCUGCAGAACCCACCAAUGAUCCAAAGGACAAGUUUGUCGAAGUUAUGGGUGCCUUUAUGGACAAGGCUGCUGAUGAGAUACAAACCCUGCGGGCGCAGUACUCUGAAAGUAUGAAGGAGUUCGUGGCCGUGGCGGAGUACUACGGAGAGGACCCGAAGCUAAUCAACUCCGAGCUUCUCUUCACGAUCUUCGCAGAUUUUAUGCGCAAGUUUGACAAAGCCCACUAUGAGAACAUCACGCCUAUCAAAAAGAAGGGGGCAAGCUAGCGAGGCUGACAAAACUCUUCACCCAUUGGGUUAUUGGGUCACCCAAUGCAACUUCCCCAGGACCAAGUUUUUCCUGCAGUUCUAUUGUUAUCUACUAGAGGGCUCUGCUGUACUGAUAGCUGGAAAUGUUUACUGUUGUGAUACCUUUGCCGAGUCAAAAUUCAAUACUUUUAGAGUACCCUAUACAUUGAGUGUAGAUAUUUUUAAAAAGCCAUUGAUUAACCAGAAUGCCUUUUUAAAGGUGUACUGCCAUGGUAUUUUGGCAGUUGUGGAAUCACUUGACAAUGUUUUAUCAAUCUUUAAGGACUUAUAGAUUUUAUAACUGUAUAUAGUUAUAGUAAGACUAUAGAAAAGAUUCUUUCAGUAAGCAUUGAAAGCCAUUCUCAAUACACCACAGGAAAAAAAGACCAUGUAAUCCAUUGAGAUUAUUAUGUAUCAUUAUGAUAUUAAUAUAUCUUAACGCACAGCGAACUAAUGCGAAACUGUACAAAAUAUUACAGAUCGACCCUAUGUAACAGUGUUGAACCAUGUACAGUGAACUUUAACAUGCCAUAUCCAUUGCCAUUUAGAAGUAUUACAAAACAUCAACUGAUGAGCUCAGUAUCAAACAAUAUUUGUCAUGUGACUGCAUAUGCCCCUAAGUCUAAGUAAGUUUAUACAUAUGGAAUAGUUAUAAAUAUAGAUAGGAAAUAUUAAUAUGUACAUAGAAAUUUCAUGUCUGGAGGUAAAAUCAGUUGAUUAUUGUCUAGUAUUAUAACUUCUCAUGUAACACGAACAAAAUUUAUAAGUAAGAAAUUUGAUCAUGUACAGUAGCUGUAUUUUACCUUUCAAGACUGUAGUACCAGUCAUUAGGCAGUUAUAAUGAUAGAAAUUACUAUAUAUGACUCUUAGCUAGUUUGGUCUUUCUGACAUUUAUCCAAACCUUGCCAUUGUAUCUGCCAUAAUCAGAAAAAGAGAAAGUUAUAUAAGGUACUAUGUACAAUGACAAACAAAUGUUGUAUAUUUCCAGGGAGAUUUUAGACAUUCUUAACCUUACUGAUAUUGUAUAGCAAUAAUCAAAAUUACAGUAAAUGCAUUUAUUUUGGAGGUGUUAAUUUCAGUUUGAGUGGAAAGGAGUGUUUUAAUUUCUCGGGUCAAAAUUAUAAAAUGCAUGAAAAACAUAAAACCAGUGCAGAUAUUUCAAUGUUGAUUUAAAGUAUCUUGGUUAAGGAUGUACAUGUACAUUCAAUUUGAAAAUAUUCUAUUCCUUUUUUGUGGAAAAAAUCUUGAGAAUUAAAAGUAAUGCUCAGUAUUUGAUUUUAUGUGUUAAUAGUAUCUUUCUAAAAUCCACAGUAAUUUAUUGUCAGUGCAACUGCAGUUUUAUUUUGUAGUCUGCUACUUUGAUUAUACUUUGAACCUUGAUAAAUUAAUGUUUAACUGGAAGCGGAUUAUUAAAUGUAUCAUUUCAGGUAUGUUCAUUAAUCAGUGGUCCUAUUUAGACCAGCAAAGAAUGAAAUUAUAGAGAAAAUUUGAAAUGUAGGUUUAAGGACGUUAUGUAAUUAAUGUCCUUGGGUAGCUUGAUUUUAUUAAACAACCAUUUAGUAACCGAA